AUGUAUAGAGAAACAUUAAUCAAACAAGUUAGAGAAAGUAGUGUUGCUGGGGCUGAUAUUUUAAGGGUUUUAGACAGAGGAGUGAGCAGGCUGGAUGAGUUCACAAGGAUUGUGUCACCGCUGCAGGAAGCAAUAAUUAAGUUUGAAGAAGCUAGCUCCAGUAUUGAUAAACAGCUAAGUCAGGUGAAAGAUAUGGCGCAGCUGUCGAAAGAAGCUAAUGGACUGGUCCAGAUGCUGGGAAAUCCAGAUAAUUUAAGGAAUCAUUUGAAAAACAUUGGAAGAGCUCAGCAGAUAAGGACGAUUUAUCAAAAGAAUCAGCAGUAUCCAGACUUACCUACUUACUUACUUAAUUAGAUUAUCGAAAAGCUCCCUGUUGGCGUCAUACAACGCUUUAUCUCCACCUUGUUUCGUCUUGGCCGCCUGCCGCCACCCUCUAGGGGUAGACUCCUCGCCGCCUGAGGCUCGCGUCUAACGGCGAGUCAGUGGGCUGGGCCACCGUGCCGUACGUCAACUUGGGUUGCUCUUCCAGAAAAUUCAAAAAAUGAAUUUUCUGGUCAAGCUACCGGCCAAGAUGGAAUCCAUCGCCCAGGACGCAACGCCUGGUAUCGCGAUAGGAAAUUGCCCGAUUGGUCUUGUCGACUCGGCUGGGCUUUCCUUUCCAACGCUGAACCCAUCUUCCCAAGAGGCAAAAAACCUUGGUCCCGGGUGUGAACUUGCGGUCGGCCUAAUCCGACAUUGCGCUCCACCCAAACCAAGUAAAAACCUGGCCGGAUACACAUUACCGAACGCCAACCUCCCUUCCACAAGGUCCCUGGGUGACCCCAGCUACAGGUGUUAAGAGGUCGGGUUGGUUCGCCACUCCAUUUUUAUGUAUAUGCAGUAUCCAGACUCAGCUACACACUUAGAAGAGCUAACUCAAGCACUUAGCAUUGGCUACACAAAAUGUGCAGACUUUCUUCAAGAUCAGCUUAUAAAAUACUGUGAAAUAUAUGCCCUCAAUUCCAUAGCUGAAGAUCAAGCACAGCUAGAAAUGAUAUCAAGCAUUCAACAGCUCAUAGAAGUUUGCAAAAAAACUGCUCCUCAAUAUUGGAAAAUCUACUCAGAUAUUAGGUCUGCUCUCUUACUAAUUCUCAUCUCCGUAAGUAAGCAAAAUCUUUUAAAAAUGACAGUUUAUUCUGAGGCUUAGAUUUUUAAAUUAAAUUGCUUAUAUCAAAUAUUUUUUAAACUUUAAAAAAUUAAAUUUAAGCCAAAGAGGAGGUAUAAGGCAUGUGAAAGUUCCUCAAAAUAUUUCAAAACCAUAUGUGAUUGGGUCGCAUUACAUUAUUAUCAUGCUUGGCAGUUUCAUUGAGUCCCUUGCGAUAGAAAGCCAGCUGCUUCAAAUGAUUUUUCAGGUCGAAAACGUCACUGAGUGGCUUAUAGAUGUAAGUGAAGCAGCCUACCAGCAUUUCUACGAAGCACUGCAGUCUCAUUUCAACUCCCAAAGCAAUAUUUAUCAAACCCUUGAUAUUUUGACAGCUUUUGGGCAGUCGCUUCCAGCCCUUGAACAAUUAUUGGGGAAGACAGUGAACUAUUACAACUUAAGCAAAUGCUUUACGAAUUUACUUCACAAAUCUCAGUCGUGGUACAGGGAUUAUUCACAAGAAAUCCAGUCAGCCAAAAUUGACAUCGGUGAAUUUGUACACGAUUUAGCAUUUAAGUUAGCUGAAGAGAUUAAAAAGGUCCAUUUAUUUCAUGCAGGAUUGAAUAUUGCCAAAUUGGAGCAAGCCCCAAGCACUCUAAUAGCAGCGUUGCUAGAUACUUUCAGGAUAAAAACGAGAGCACAGGCAUCAAAACAGCCUGCGUUGUGCCAUAUUUUCAUGAUCAAUAACCUUAGCUUUUGAAUUCGGGCAUUGCAAGAUGUUGAAAUCGCUGGAAAAACAGAACUGCUUAAUAAAAUCGAAAAAGAGCUGUUUUCUGAGAUCGAGGACUAUGCUCGAACUACCUGGGCAAAACUCCUUACCAUUUUAAGUGAUAAUCCAACCAUCAUUGAGUUCAAAAAACAAGGAGUUUUGACACGAACUUCAAGAGACGCAGUAAAAAACAAAUUCAAGCAAUUUAAUGCAGAAUAUUCCGAAGUCUUUAAUUUCCACAAAAACUUCACCCUGUAUAGCCCCGAUGUCCUCGACACCCUCAGAAAGAAAAAUCACUCUCUUAUUGUCCCAGCUUAUAGAGAAUUCUUUAGGAAGUUUACAUCAGUAGAUUUUACAACCAGGAGAGAAAAAUAUUUGUUAUAUUCAAUUGAAAGAGUUGAUAGUGGAAUUUCUUCAAUGUAUAUCCUAAAAAAUCGUUAA